AUGGCAUCAGUGGUGGAGUUAUUGCAAAUUUCCAAAGAAUGCACAGAUCAAGCACAUAGGUUCGGUGGCAUUGUGAACGAUCAGAAUAGUUUAGAGCAGUAUUAUACUUUGAUUCGAACUUCUAUCCAGGCUCUUGUAGAUAUUAAAACUAAAUAUAGUUUGUCUAUUGUUCAGGAUGUUUAUGUCACAUUUUCCUUGACCAAAUUAUUACUCGAUGAGACUACAGAUUGUGAGAUUGCAGAGACCUACCUAUCUUCUCUAAGACAAAGAUUACAAAAUUAUAAGAAUGGUUCAGAUUAUAUAUAUAUGCAAUAUUGGUUACAAGUGGAAUUUAUAGCUUUGUAUGAUGUCACCAUGAAAAGAAAUUCAAAGUUUCAAUAUCGUGUGGCGCUGAAUAAUUGUACUAGUUUAAUAACGUAUUUGAAAAGUUUGUUUAAUGAAGAUAAUACUGCCCUAAGAGAAUGGUGCCAAUUGUUCCAAUUGGUGGAAGUAUUGUUAUGUGACGCUUUAAAUAGAACAAAGAAAGUCAAUGAACUGUAUCCCUCUCUAUUGACGGAAUCUAAACAAAUCAAUGAAAAAUGGCACAUGUUAGUUGUCACAUAUUACAUAAAUUGGCUCUUGGAACGACAUCAACAGAUACCUAAAGAAUAUAUUGAAGAAUUAUAUGAUGCAACCGUGGAGACACUAGGUCCACAAUUAUAUGUUAUGAAAUUAAUGCUUUUAUUAACAGAUAGUAUUCUUAAGGAUGAAAAUAUCACAGAUAUAUUGACUCAAUUUAAGGCUUUUUUCGAAAAAUAUAAGGAUCAAUUGAAUGAUCAAUCUGUUAUAACUAUUUCCUUCAGUCAGGAUGUAGAUAUUGUGUUUAAACAUUCAACACUAUUUCAAUAUAAGAAUCUAAAGACUUUAUUAUUAUUUUUCCAAGCUGUCAGUUACUUGGUGAAUUGCUACGAUGAAACAGCUAAUUUCAGUAUAAAAUUUUUACCACGAGUUAAGAAAAAUCUUGUUAAGGAAUUACAUAGUAGAGAUAAGACUGGUUCCAAUCCAACUUCAAUUUCAUUGAAUGAUAGAGAUUAUAGAUUAGAAUGGUAUUCUCGGUUAUUGGAUUUAGCCGAUUUUUAUAGAAUUUGGGAAAGACUUAUAUUAAAGUCGCACAUAAGUGAAAAAGAUCUCAGAGAAGGGUCUCAUUAUAGUGAUUUGCUGAAGAUAAUGCAUAAUCAUGAAAAUUUACAAUCGGAAGAUAUAGCUGACCAGUAUUAUAAUUUGUCCCAAAGGACAAUGAGUAACGAAGUAGAACUCUUAUCAUUGUUAAAUUGUUAUAUUAUUUUAAUUUCUAAAAUUAAUGGUUGUGAAGAUAAUACAAAACAAACUUUAAUGGUACGUUGUGAAAAAGUUUGGCAUGACGUUGAAAUUUUACAGGACAGUAGUAAUAUUUCAAAGAAUAAUACCAUGUGGGAUUGUACUAUAGUUAUUAUAUGGUUAAUAUCGCAUUUAGAACCUUUCACUUGGACCCCAUUACCAACCAAUGAUGAAACACGUAGUAAAUAUCUAACUCGAUUGCAAAAAUAUUACAAUAGCAAUCGAUUGACAUCAGUUUCAGAUGACAAGCAAAACGAAGUUGAAACAGAUUAUAAGAUGAAAAAGAGUUUGUUUUUACAGGUGAUGGUGAAUUACCUCGGUGGUCGUUUGUUAGAGACAAAUCUAGAAAAGAUAAAUGAAAUUUCAAAUAUAUGCUUACAAAUUACAAAGGGGCAACGUAUGCCUUAUAUACGCUAUGUGAUUGGGUUAUGGCACCUAAUGAAUUGUACAAUUUCUAUGAACAGCAAAGAAGUUCUUAUCGCAAAAGCUAAAAUUGAGUCCAUCCUGAAGGAAAUGUAA